AUGUUGGCUACAGCCUGCUCUAGACUGAACACCUUUUGCUAUGUACCCAGGUCAACCUCCAGAAGAAGAUCAUUAGUCCUCAGAGAAUCAGCCCAAAGGCUCAUCUGCCAACCCCCAAGUUCCAAACAACCAAAACAACAGAACCACAACUACCUCGUCUGUGCCUCCCCCACCCCCAAUGAUUCAACCAGUCAACCCCCAGCAUCAACAGACCCCCUCACAAAUCUCACGAUCCUCAAGUCAAGCGAUGCAAGAAUUUCAGUCAUCAAGAUCUAUCAGCAUGUUGAUGGUGUGAAGCCCAACUGGGAGAGGUACCAAACUACGUGGACUGCCCUCUCAAACCUGGCCCAAUUCCGAGCCCAAUCUCUCCAGAACCCAGGACCACACAAUCUCGAUUUUCACUUUGAAAGGACAACCUGUUCAUAUACUUCUUGGAUCAAAACUAUUAGCUCCCUUGCCAACAACUUCUUAGCUCCAUCGCCAAAUGACCAAUGGAACUGCCCUGAUGUCAUCGAUUUCCCCCUGAUUGUGUUGUAUUCCCAAUUGGAAAAGUCUGGAUCCUCCCAGCAAUUCAUCUCUCCAACCACCAAAACUAUACAUCCCGAGUCCACCAUCAUCCGCUUCCUCCACCGACUUCAAAGUCCACCCCCUGCAGUCAUCUCUGAAUGGGCAAAAAUCAUCGCAGCUUCUGUUGAGGUCAUGGCAUUCAAGCUCUACAGCCCACCUCCUCCAACCCCGGAUACUGAUGACGACCCAAUCAACCAAGGGCUUCAAGUUCUUCAAUGGCUUGAGGGACUGAAGAACUCACUCUCAACUUUCAAAACACCUGGAGAGACCCAACCGACCUUCGCUGCCCCUGGAGGGGAAGUUGUCCUGCAAUCUCAUGCUAUCGAUGUUUUGAAAGACUUCUCAAAGGUCAUAAUCGAUGUUUUCAUGGGCUACAUAAUAUUCCAGGUUCACGCUCUCAGCCCACCUCCCUUGACAAACAGCCAAAUCAAGAAGCAAGGCCGAUCCCAGCAACCCUCAGCUCCCCAGGAAAAUUCUGCCUCUGCUGUGACUCAAAAAACAACCGGAGGAGCUGUCACGAAAACCUCUACCUCCACCAAGAGACUGAAGUCAAUCCAGUCCCGACAUAACUUCCAGCCCCUUACAUACUUCCUUAUCGGCGGUGUUCGAGGCCUCUUUGUCUGUUCCAGGAAUCACCGUACAUCUCCAGUAUUGGAAUGCAUGUCGUUUAUCCAGGCCAUGGAAGUGAUGUCAACUCUGGUCUCUUAUGUGACCUAG